CGGAAGUGUUGUUAGGUCACUGUGUUGUGGAAAUGUUAAUGUGAUGACAAAGAGGGUUGUGUAUUGAUUUUAAUACGAGCAUAUCUCACAUACAGCGUCCUUUUGGCUUCAGUUUGAAACUUCCAUGAAGCUUUCUGGAGGGAUCUUCCAGAGCAGAAAAAAAGCUGGUGCUGAGCAAAUUGAAUAAGCAUGAUGAAUUUAGCAGACUUUUGGAAGAGGGUUGAACUAGUUAGAGGCUACAUGUACAUGUAAGAGUGAAGCAGUGGAAUUAUCUAAGAAUAAACACUUUCUUUUGCUGUGGAGAGGAAAAGUGAGAUUUGCGCAAUAUUAUCUACAAGUGUUGGAAUUAGAGGUCCAAGAAGCCACCUGGGGGGAACUGUGUUAUGACUUCAAUGUGGUUGUUGAAUUGUGUCGGUUGCAAAAGGACGCCCAUAAAUGGUGAGCGAGGGUGACCAAUUUACAUCUGUUAUGUCGUCAGCCUGUUCUGAUUUCACGCAACAUGCUUGGAAGAAGGAUGUCUGCCUUAACUGCCAGCGCCCGAAAACUGAACAUCCGGAGGGAUCCACUUCUGAUUUGGGUAAAUCGGAAACUGGGUCAUCCGGAAGUGGAAUAUCUGGGACAAUGUCGGUAUCAACAAGCGAAAUCGGGUCAAAUUCGCCCAAACCUGCUAAGCGGAAUUCUUUAAUGACGAAAUCAUGGACGGCCCAUCAAAGUGACGGGCAGGAGUUUGAUGGAAGGGAGGAAAAUGAAGAGGAGCAAUGGAAUGCUAUGUGUCUUCCCGAUCCUCAGCAGCCGAAUAAGCGUCUGGAUGAUACUGAUCAAAUUUUGGCCAAGCCUCUGAGUGAUGCUGAUAAAGCUAAUUCAAAAUUUCCUGAACACAGCUAUGAGGAUAUUGACGGAAAAAAAUUGAAAUCAGGUCAAAGGUCGAGUACAAAAUCUGAAAAGUCAAAAGGUAAAAAGAGAAACGAUGCGGCUGUUACUGUUUCUGGUAACAAACCAACAAUUGCUCUAAACCCUGAAGAAAGGCUGGAAACUUUGAUGAAAAAUGAAAGUGCUUUGCCUACCAACAAAGAUUUAAAUUUAAGGUCAAGGUCAACAUCACGAGAGAAGUCACCAAUUUUAUUGCCAAAACCAAAAAUAAGUGAAAAGCCAGCAGUAAAUGAAAAAGCAAAAGAAAGUGUUAGAAAUUUAAGUCCACGCAGUCAGAAAAAGUUAAAAAAAGAAAAACGAUCGAUAAGUUUUGUUGAAAGAGAGCCAUCAGUUAUUGGUGAUGAUGGUGGGAUCGAUAAUCUUAUAUCAGAUAAUGAAGACAAUGAAAAUUUAGGUGACAAUGACCCCAAAGAAUCAAUACAUUUGUCAGAAACUGAAAAGGAAUGGGCACUGGAAUCCUUGAAAAAUACAAUUUGGAAUGGUGAGCAUAUUAAUAAAGAUUCAAGUGACAAGAAAAAUGUAAUUAGUAGGGAGUUUGAAGAUUUAAAAGUGGACUCACAAUACCCUGAUAAGUUAGCUUAUACCAAAGAAAGUGAAACAGACUUGCAAAACUUUGGAACAUUUCCUUUCAGAACUAAGUCAGAAAAGUCAGCAUUUGAUCAAAUGUUUACUAGCAAUAGACUAUCAACAUUAAGUGAAUCUUCAGAGAAUGUAGUGAGUGACAUUGAAGAUAAGUAUGAAAGUGUUCUUAAAUUCAUUGGUGCUGAUAAGUUAGCAAAUUUUGACUUUAACUCCAGCCCAAAACAUAAAGGUGCAAUAACAGGUGAAACCGAAGGAAUGGAAAAUAGCUACGAUGAUCCAUGGAAUGACAAGUUUGCUUUUGAAUCUGAAACAGAAAUGAGCCUCCUUGAUGAGAUCAAAGGUGAAAUAGAUCUGGAUGCAAGUGGUGCAGGAUUUGCACUGGUGGAUUUACUAAAUGACGUUCUUGCUAAAUACAGCACAGGCACACCAAGUGAGACUGAUUCAGUGAAGAACUUAAAUGGAUUAGAUGAUGAGAGGUCAGAGAAAGGUGAUAGGAGAAAAGAUGCAAGAGAAAAAUCCGCAGAUUUGGAAGCUAAGAUGGUGCAUCUUGCAGCUAAUUUAAGAAAGCAUAGAGCUAAAGGUCGAGCCCCGCGACCUCCUAGUUGCCCGCCUGAGCCACCUCAGGACUUAACAAGCACCCCUGAGAAGCAGGCUGAACUUAGAGCUGCUCAGAGUAAAGAACCAACAUUUAAGAUGGUACCUUUAGGUAAGACUAUUGGUACCACUCCACUUGAAGCACAAGAAAAAGCUUUUACCAAGGCACAAGGGGGUUCUAAGUCAGAUAUGGGUAGCACUAGUUCUGGUAAUAGUUCAGACUUUGAUAGUAAGGGGAAAGCUAGUGAGAAGGACAAAGGGAAUAAGAAGACUGGUGGUGGAAUUGGUGGUUUCUUCAGUAGGAUAUUUGGUGGGAGAAAGGAUUCUGACAGUGAUUUGACCGCAAGUACUGAUACAUUGACUACAAAUAUAUUGACAAUGUCUGAUCCCUAUACAGAGGUUGACACUGCUAGUUAUGAAUCAGAAAAGAAUGGUAGUGGAGACAGUGUGAAAGACAAUAAGAGAGAUUCACCACAAAUGAAAGCCAAGGUAGUACCAGUAAGGCCAGUGAGCCCAAAACCAAUCCAAGCUCAAAUAGAUGCAGGUUCUAGUCAAAAGCAGUCACCUAACCCGGAGGUCAGAGUGAAAGCUAAAGACAAUGUAAAAACUGAAAAAUCAGAUAAAAAUUCUAGUCAGAAAAGUAGCAAUGUUUCAAGCACUGUUUCAAGCACAAAUUCAACUCCUUCAAAGAGUUUAACAGUACCGGUUGCAAUACCAAGGACUGAGGAAAAAGAUCCAUCCAAACCUACUAGUCCAAAGGGAAAAGAGGCCCCACCUUUGCCUCAAAAUCCACCAAGGGAGUUAACUGAUGCUACAGGGGCCCCUAAGCCAAGGGCAAGGGGGAAUUCUGAGGGUGGGGCCCCAAGAUCCCGUCCUAGAACGAGGGACCACCCUGAAGGGAAACCUAGGGAUAUCCCAAAUGUACCUCCGCCCAAACCACCUGUUGCAAUGAAACCUCGCCCCGUUUCAACGACUGCAAAAUCAUUGGACAAUUCUGACAGGAAUACCCCUCCUGUUACUAUAAAUAGCACAGCUAGUGCUAUAAAUAGCUCCACUGUCACAGGAAGUCAUAAGGAGAAGCUACCAAGCACAAGUUCUGUGGAAGAUUCUGGAAAAUUGAAUGAAGGGAAUAAAAAGCCAGACAGGCCUGCUGAUCCUAAGGUUCUAAGAAAAAGAGCAAAAUCUCCCAAAAGAAUUGUUGCACCAAUAGCCCCUGGAAGGGCCUCAAUGCCAAAUAUUUUAACUGGCUCCAAUGCUUCCCUGGCCUCAAAUGCCUCAGAAAUCAGUAUUCAGAGCCUACCAGCUAGUCAGGUUGAAUCUAAACAUGAACCACAAGCCAAAGGUCUUUCUUUUGCUAAAGAGCUGGAACAAAAGUUAAGUAAAGAACAACAUGGAGGGAAUGCGCCAGAGGUAAGAAAAAUGAGCGCCCCUCCAGCUCCACCUAUUGUUUCUAAACACAACAGUCUUGAAAAAUCAAAAUCACUUCCUAAUGAUAAGCAAAAGACUUCGGUUCCUGAAAAAUCAAAAUCGCUUCCUACAGAAGCGAACAAACUUUUGACCAAGGAUAAGGAUUUACCAAGGAGUUCUUCGCCUAAGGAAGUACAGCGUAGUCGAAGCUCAUCCAAGGAUGAUUUAAAAAUUACUUCAUCAAAUGCUGAAAUCAGUCCAAGAUCUCAUGCAAUGCAUCCAACUCAAUCGCCACCACCACCUCCAAUACAACCAUUGUCAGUAACAACAACAGCAACAGCGGAUAACGAUCAACAGGCACAAUCAAAUGCAUCUAUUCAAUCGGAAGAAGUUCCAAUUCAUUUGGAAAAAAUUGAACUUCCAAAACAAGCGGGAAAUAGUCGUAAGAGUUUCCUGGGCAAGUUGAAUCGAAAUAAGAAUAAGCAGUCUGGUACUUCAUCGAUCAAGCGGACAAAAUCGAUAACGGAAUCGGCUGUCUUGGGUGACCACCACCUUAAGAGAAUCGAUGUCAAAGAUAUCUCUGGGCCUGUGCUCAUCACAGAUAUGUCUUCCAACAAGGUGGUGAACCGUCGUAACACAAUAACAAUCGGAGGAGAUGACAACCCAUUCCUGUCAGGGGGUUCAACGUCCUCUGGAUCAACCUCAGCUGGCGAGAAAUGCGAGUUAUCGCCGCGGGAUUCGGUGGAAAAUCUCUACGAGUUCAUUAAAAAUGAGGCCCCAACACCACCAGUUAUGGAUAAGAAAAACCUGUAUGAUCAUGUGGUAGAGAAUGUACAUGUGAUUGGUCUGAGGCCCCCUUCAAUGACGGGGAGUGAGGGCUACUUAGAACCAGUCCGCGCAAACCAGUUACACCAGGAACCAGUCAGCCUCUCUGUGGCAGAAACAGUGACCAGUCUAGGUAGCAUAGCAACCAAUAUGGCUGACAAGGAUCACAAGACUACAUCAACCAAUGAAAUGGCUCAUGACAAACCUGAUGGUAUUCAAAAUGCACAGGCUGAUAUUUCACCAGAAAGGAGAGACUUGUUGGCUAACCAACCUAUUUAUGAAGAAAUAACAAAUGGUUAUGGCAAAAUUGAAUCAAACAUGAGUGAUAACAAACAAGAAGAAAACCAACAUGGACAUGUUUAUGGUGUGAAUGAUCAGUCACAAGCUAUAAAUAUUACUCAACUACCGACUUCCUUGAAAAAGAAAGACUCAUUUUCUUCAGAAUCGGAACUGUCAUCUGCGAGCAACAGUUUAUCUCGACCAAGACCGAUUCCAAGACGGCGGCCAAGACCAAUUGGAUCGGGAUUUGAGCAAUAUGUUGCGAUGAAUCGACCGGGUGCGACAGUGUUUUUGAAUGAAGAACAAUUACGUGAUAUGUUGGGUCAAAUUACGAGCAUGAAUUUAGGGACGAUUCGGGAAAUUUACACACAGCAUGAGAAAUGUUUCAUGAAAGAAAAUAUACAACUGGGAUCCUUCGGACCGCUUAAAUGGCACGACUUUGAUAUCUAUGGAAAACCAAUUCAUACGUCAGACCGAAGCAUUAUUUAUAAUGCAAAAAUGAGGACCACCAUGUCAACUUGUCAAGUUAUGCUUCUUCACUCCAGGCCUGAGAUUACUGCAGCCAAUCACCCAAGUCUUCUUAAACCUACGUGCAUAUUCACAGACCAUGUUCCAUUCUCCUAUCUUACAGAGGAGUUUAUCAAAACUAGUCAAAUAUUGGAAACAGGCGCAAGCCAGACACUCGCGAACAUGGCCAAAUGUUACAUUGCAGUAGGAAUUUUUGACAUUACUGAGAGCUUGAAUUACCAUAUGGGCUCGUUGGAAACAGUUUGCGAGAAUCAAAAAGACUUUCUGCGAAAAGUGUUAUUUUUUGUUCUCCAAUUGUUAAGCGCAAUGUCACAUUGUCUUGAAGAAGGACAUCCAAUUUCCGAGUGUGAUUUUCAUGAUUUGUAUUUGAUAUCAAAUCCAUAUUGUCUAGGCGAAACUGUCUCAUUUUUGCCACAAGUUCGCUCACCCGAGGACCAAAGAAUCGAUCGUGUUUGUCUAUUUUUAGAAAAAUUCCUACAAGAUAUGUGCGCGAAAUGUGAUGCGUCAGCGGUACUUGACGAUUCCGCAUUUUAUACGUACACAGGAAUUCAGAAAAUGACAGAUUUACUGGAAGCGGGUGUGUUAGAAUGCUUGCCAGUAGUACGGAGCUACAUUGAAUUUAUACUUUGGGGUCCCGGUGAAAAUAAUCCAGAAUAUGACAAUGAUCAACAAAGCAAUAUUGAACCAAAGUUAUCCAUGUGGUUAGAAAAAGAGCGUGCUGCAUUGAUUCAUGAUUUCGCAAAACGUGUUCAGAAGGGCUCUCGAUGUAACAUUCGGGAUUUUUACCGUAUGAAGUUUUUGUUGAAAGCGAGUGCGGGUAGCUUGUUGGAAUGUAUACGGUGCCAUGCUGCUGCCACAGAAACUGCAAAUUAGAAUAAGGCCCACAACUGGGUCUGUCUGCAAAGAACUGAAGUUUCUACCUGAAUUUGUGUCGCAUUAGAGGAUUUUUGGCACCAAAGUCAGAAAAUCUUUAUUUUUAGUAUAACAAAACAUAUAAAUAAACAACAGCUUUUUGGGGAUGAAUUAUUGACUUUGUGCCAAAAAUCCUGUUUUGCGGCAUGUUAAUAAUAAGAGUUUCUAGUCUUAACCUCAUGCCUCAAUGAAUUCAUUGCUUCCAUUAGAUGCAAAAAAGUACAUUGUUCUUCAAUGAAGAUCUUUUUCUACAUGUAGGUAUUGCUAUUGGGCAUAUUCAUAUUAAAAUACCAUUGCCUGAACCUGCAUUGAAAAUUCAUGCAAAAACCUGUGGAUGGAUUGGAACUCAUACAAUUCAAUUCAUUGAUCAGACACUAAAUAAGAUUUACACCACCCUCGAAUACCGGUACCAUAAUUACCUACUUUGUUUAUUGGAUCUAAGUUAUGGUGUAUUUUUUGUCCAGGGUAAUCAUGUGACUAGAAAUAAGUAAAUUUCUCUGGAAUUGAUUUUACAGUUUUGAAUAUUAAUAUCGGGUUGGGUGUCGGUGUAAUAUCGAUUAUAGGUUGAUCCAUCGAGACUGCUCCUUACUUACAUUGUAGGCCAUGAAUUCAUAACGCCUUUUUCCAUGUUAUAAUAUUGCAUGAACUGUGAACUCGUAAUGUACUAUCUAUACGUUGACUCUUAAUGUUGUAUGUUUAAAGAGUUGGAACACCUUAUAUGUAAAAGGACUUGUAAGAUGAUAAGUUUUCACACAGAUAAUACCAGUUUUCUGACAGGGUUUUAGUAAGGUUUUAAAAAGGGUCAGGGUGCUGCAGAAAAGGGACAGGGUUGUAAGGGUGAAAUGGACACCUUGUAUUGGGCUGUUAAGAACUUUAAUGUAAUAAAUUUGACAAAAAAAUGUUUGAUAUGUGUUUAAUUGAAGUAUGUUUUAACUGCCAGAUAUAUUAAGUUUGUAUGGGUUUAUAAUCAUACAUGUAUACAAAAUUAAGGAAUUAUUUUAUUUUCUAAAGCAUUCAGUUUUAAAAAGACAGAAGGGUGCACAUGCUGGUCACAAUCAGGGCCGAAGGGUACUGCCAAGAAUUGCAGGGUGCUCUACAGGGCUUCCAUUAAUAAUUUGAAACUGAAUUUAUGAACUUCCUUACCAUCAAUAUUGGAAGUUUUAGUUUUUCAAACACUACAAUUUGUUCCACUAUUUUUCAACUAUUAUGCCAAUUACAGAUUUAUAUUAAAAUAAUUCAUUUUACUUUAAAACGGAAUUGAAAAUGAGACCAGGUUUUGAUAUUUUGAACUUCCAAGCCUUCAACUUUUAGAAGUUUUUUAAAAAAGUAUAGGAAAUUUUGUACUUCCAAGGAAUCAAUUUUAGAAGUUUAAGCCAAUUUCUAGGGAGUUAUGUACUUCCAAAUUUCCUUUAAUGAAAGCCCUGGGAUGCAGCACCCUUCUAUAUCUGUUGAGCUAAAACCUGUUCUAUUUGUCUGUUAAUAUUAUUACUAUCUGUGUGGACAAAGUUCUGAUGCGUACACAAUUUUCAUUCGAGUUGUUAAUAUUUUUACCGAAAGUGUAGUGUACAUACUUAGUAUGUAUGUUAUAUAUUGUGUUUAGAAUGUGGCAUUGAUAUACACAUGUACAUGUAAACUUACACAUAUUGUGUGUAGAAUGUAACAGUGAUAUAUACACAUAAGUAAACUUACACCUUUAUAUUAUCGACAAUGCUUUUGCUGUUUAUGUUCAAAACCAAAUUUUGUGAUUUCAACGAUAAACUCUGUGCAAUAUUUAUUGUUUUUGUUGGCUGCGUUGUUGUUGGUUUAUUUUCAUGUAUAAAACUCAUUCACAUUGCUUUUAUAUUUUUGUUACUAAGGCUGUUCUCAGAAAAACAUUGGUUUGGCAAAGCCAAAUUUAGUUGCAAAGAAUGCCCUGACUCAAUAAUUACAAGGCCCAGUUGGAAUAUAUGCGAAAAAUUAAUUGACAUUUGUAUUUUUUUUCUUGCUUUUUAGCUUGUCUUAUUUUAAAGAAAAAAAACUUGUGCUAUUAUAUUAGCCUUUGUGUCAUCCACUGCAUCAUCGUCGUGGUAAAACUUAAACCUUGGCUAUAACUUAAAAAGCAUUCAAGAUAUUCAAAUGAAACAGGGUACACAUCUUGCCAGCUUCUUAAGGCACAUAUGAAUUGCAAGGCUUAUAACUCUUGCUUUAAUAGAUAUUGAGUAAUGACCCUUUUUGUACUAAAUAUAAAUAAAAGCUGAUGAUAAUCGGCGUUCUCACCAUGAGAUUGUCGUUUUAAUAAUGUUGCUUCAUCACCUAGUCCACAAACUAUAGUUCCUGACUUAUCAAGCCACCCACUGAAAUAGUCUGCCUGUGUGCCACUGUAAGCUGACAAUGUUCUUACAGUCUUCCUAUAUUGUAUUUUAUGAGACUUCAAUCAAAUGAAUGUCAUGUAAAUAUUGCAUUUGACGAGAACUUUGUUGUCAACGCGUUAAGAUUUAAUGUAACUUGAGGCUUAAUUGUGGUCUUCGGUACGUUCAGGUAUUGUCUUUCAACUUUGUACUUAAAUAAACAUAGGCAGGUACAUGUAUUAAUAAAACAAUUUAAGUAAUUUCCUUAAGUUUGUCAUGUUUAGAAAUCAUAAAAUUUAAAAACAGGAUAUGUGUCCUUAUUUUCAAAAAAAAGUUAUGUUUUUUAUGUUACUGGAGAUUCAUUGAAAUAAGUCCUUGAUGACAUUUUCAAUGAUCAAUUAAAACCAUGUCAAACGUAUUUUGAAUAAAAUCAUUAAAAAUGUAAGAAAGAAAAUUUUAUGAUGUCUGUUUUUUUGUAUGUUUCAUUUUGUUGAACCAUAACGAAGAAAUUCAAAAAAGAAUGGUUUGUGCUAUGAAUAUUUAUUUAAAAAAAUAACUUUCCAUUCCAGUGUUGAAAAUUCAUUGUUAAUAUGUUUGCUAUGUAUCAAAAAUAGUGGAUAAGUUUGUAUUGUUGUAGUUGAUGAUAUUUUUGAAAAAAAGUUUCAAUUGUGAUUUUUGUGUUUUAUUCUGUAUCAAAAUGUAACUAGUUUUUGUUAAGUUAAAUAUAAGAAUACUUUCAUUCCAGUUCUGACUAUUUGAUUUGGACAUUCAGGUCCAAAUUCCUUGAAAAAUCUUAAUACAAACAUGCUUUCAGAUCUUGGCUGGUAUUCAAUAUUGGUCAUAAUUGGAGCUUAGAAUGAUGUAGCUAAUCAGAUUACAUGCUAUUUAUAACUGACCAAUAGAGUGAAUGAAGUCAAUGAUGCAUGACCCUUAAAUUAAUUUUAGUUUUUAUAUUGAAUACCAGCCCUGAUUUCAUUUCACCAAAUUACUUAUACUUGAUUUUAGAAAUAAAAAAAAUAGUUCUUUGUGACAGUGUCUAAUAAAUAAAAUCGUUUAAAACUCUCUAAAAGAAAAAGAAAAUAACACAAUGUAAACAUUGAAAUGAAAAAAAGUGAGCUAAGCUUAAUCCUGUUAUGAUGGACUUGAGAUUAUUUGAGAAGUUUGGGCUUUGAUACUUUUAAGUUUUUUUAAAUCUGUUGAAAGAUAGUUGAGUUAUAAUGUUAAUUGUUUUUGUAUAUUUAUAAAAAAAAUGUGGCUAAUGGCUACCUUCAUAAUGUAUAAUAGUAUGCUAUGUGCGAUGUGCUUUGUAUGUACUUUGUGUGCUUUUAGCAUAAUAAUGCCUGUCAUGUGUAUAUACUAUUUAUAGACUGAAUGUUUUAACACUCAUUUACAUUAUUUUGUAAUAUUGAACGGUGUAGAUUAUUGUACAAGAUUGCUUGAUUAUUCAUACCAGCAAGAAGUUUUAUUAUCAUUUUUAAAGCUGCACUCUAACAGAUAUACCAUUUUUAAAACUUUUUUUGUUUGUCUUUGAAAGAGCAAAUUUUGGCGUUAACAUCUUCAAAUCAAUGAUAUAAGAUUGCCGACAACAAAUCAGAUCAUAGGUUUUUCAUAUUUUCGUUCGAAAAUUAAUGUUUUAUGGCUUAAAUCGCUACUAACGGUUUAAGAAAAAUGCAUUAAACAUCAAAAUUUUUACUCAAAUAUUAAAAUCUGCGAUCUUUUUUUUG